AUGCAGAUAUCCUGUUCUUUGAUUUAUCUGAUACUGUGCUUUCAACUUGUAAGUGGCCAUCUGGGAACGUGGAUAGAAAAGGACCAAGAUGGCGAUCAAUGCGACGAAAAGGCUGCAUUCAGCUAUCUUAAUUCUCUGAUCGAAAAACACGGUGCCAGAUUGCAAUUAGAAACAGAAAGUCUCAGGGAAGAUUUUGGUGUUACGAUACAGCAAGCAGAUGCACAUGACGAAGGCCGAAUUUGGCAUGUUGGCGAAGUAUCGCUAUCGCUACUGGAUAAACAUAGCGUUUCGUCCCUGACAAAUAGAUUGGAGAAGGCAUGGCGAUUGCCAUGGAAGCUACUGAACCGUUUCCGAGUUCCAGAACUGGGACUGUUUUUCCUAUCCAUUGGCGACACUAAUAUUUUCGAUGAGCUUUAG